GUUUAUUUCUCCCCGAUCUUAACUCAGAGAAAUUACAUAAUUACCAAAAUUUUGUAACACAGGAGGCAGAUCGCUAAACCUUUUUCUCAGAUGUAUCGUGGACGGUGAAAGUGCAAGGAUCGCGCGCUCUUCGUCCACUACAAUAUCUCAAGUGAACUAUUGCAAAUAUCAAUAAGUGCACACUAAGUGGUGAUUUUUUUUACGUGCUUCAGAUUUAAUUAACAAAAAAGGAGAUAGAAAGAAAAAUGGCAAACGAAAAGAUGUUAAGAAACCUCUUGAUUGCAUUAGUAAUGUACGCUUCGACUACCGCAGUUGAAUUUGAGGACAAUUUUAAAAAUUGUCAUCCUGACAAAUUGGGUUUCGAUGCCUGCGUACGAAAAGGAUUAAAUGCGAUUCAGCCUUAUUUCAAAACUGGUCUGUCGAAAUACAAUGUGCUUCCGCUUGAUCCAUCUUUUAUCAAAGAGAUAACUGUCACGAGGGGAGUUCCGAAUUUCGGUUUUACUUUAACUCUUCGAAAUGUCACUGAAAUCGGAUGGACCUUGAGUAAAGUAACAAAAUUCAUCUCCGAAUUGAGAAAUUACAAGAUUGUAUACACGCAAAGCUUCCCGAAAAAAGGGCUGACUGGCAAUUACGAAUUUAAAGCUGCAUUAUUCAGCUCCACUAUAACAAACAAAGGAAAAUUUACGCUCAACUUGCACGAUCUAAUGCAAACGACCACGGUGACUAAAGUACCCGGACAAAAACUGCGAGCUGAAAUGGACGUUGAGAGCAUUGGAGAUCUAGAACUUCACAUCACAAAUCUUUUAUUUGGCAAGAAAUAUCUCGAAAAUAUCCUCGAUAUGAUAAUCAACAAUACGUGGCAACCAAGUUUCAUGAUAACGAGGCGUCUGAUCAACGAACUUGUCUCGAUCGCCUUUACAGACAUCUUCGAUAAAUCUUUCCGCAAUUUUCCGUUCGAACAGAUUUUCAAAUCGAACCAAUCCAUAAGUUGAAUCAAUCACAUCAUUCAAUUGAGUAACUUAAAAAUUGGACGAAUAAAAGAGCAAAUCUUUUAAUAAAUAAGUUAAAUAGUAAUUAAUUAAUAAAUUAUUAAUUAUUAAAUAAGCGAAUAAAGUGUAAUUGUCGGUUCGGUAAACAAUGUUAAAUCGCUGUUAGAAAGGAAAUUCAUCAUAAUAAAUUUCAUUUUGUUGCGAAAAUUUUUAUAUGUAUUUCGUGUAUUUUCGUGAAAUCUUACGCUGUUUUUCUUACGUUUAUAUAAUCAUGCGUUUUCGCUAUGUAAGAAUGAUUCAGCACGAUAGAAUGUAAGCAUAUGUGAGACAAAUAUAUGAUAAUAUUUCUUAUCUUUUUGAUAUUCGAUCUUUACACUAUAUAAUCGGCUAGCAUUAAGUAAUUUUCGAUACUAUUUAUUAUCGAUAUUAAGGCCAUUCAUUAAUUCGGCUUACAUGCUAUAAUUACGUCUUCCGUCGAGCAUUAGCGGAAUGCUAAGCUUUGAUCAGAGAGUGCUUUCAUUUUUUGUCUGAAUAGCUGCUUGCCUUGAGAAACUGCGGUCUUUGACCGUGUAUCUAUGGAACAUGGGAAGAUCGUAUCAUAAUGCAAUACCGAGUCAGAGAAUAUUGAUAUGCGCGAUUGAUGAUUCCAGUAUUUCCAGAAGGUGAUAACAUUAAUUUCAAUCGACAGGCGAGUUAUUAUAUUUAUGUCGAGUAGCUAUGUCCUCGACCCUCAGUCUUAUGUCAUUCCAAUAGUUAUUCUAAUGCUUUAAUAAAUGUGCAACUGUGAAACUUAUAUUGUGAACUGUAACAUCUUAAUUCUAUAUACAAAAUCUUCCUUUUUUUAUACAUUUGCAUAAUAUAAAUUUAAGAAAAACUCCAUAUUAUUGGUAAAAGUAAAAAUAAUUUUAAAAUUAUUUUAAUUAAGCUUCAAGUUUCUCUUUUCUUGGAAAGUGUGCACAAAUCUAUUUUAAUUUACAAGAAGCAAAAAAGUUAUAUAAGUUAAAAUACAUUGACAGAUUCACAUAUACACAGAAAAGCUAUACUGGCAUACUAAUUGUAAGAUUAAAAAAGUGUCAUAAUAAAUGUAAAUUGUGUACGACAAGAGACAAUGAAAAAUUAAAAUUAAAAAAAAAAAAAUUUUAAGGUUU